GCCCUCCGCUGCUGCCCUGCUGGGGGUUUCCGCAGCUGAUCCGCGGAGGGAGCUGAGGGCAGUGCCGGUGGCUCUCAACUGCGCGCUGGGUGAAGCUGUGCAGAAGUGAAAGUUUGUUGUUUGUCAAGCUGCUAGAGUAGCUGCAGGGGCUUGAAAGUCGGCUUCGGAAAAUCCCACCGUAUUUUUAUGAAAUAUGAUGGCUCAGUCAGAUUUAGAUCUAAAAGAGACGGCUCUAAAAGAGGAUUUGAAGUUUUACUUCAUGAACCCCUGUGACAAAUACAGAGCAAGACACCAGAUACCAUGGAAGCUGGCUUUGCAGAUUUUGAAGAUAGUUAUGGUGACCUCUCAGCUUGUCUUCUUUGGUUUGAGUAACCAGUUGGUGGUUUCAUUCAAAGAGGAGAACACUGUUGCUUUUAAGCACCUAUUCCUGAAAGGCUAUUCUGGUGUCGAUGAGGAUGACUACAGCUGCAGCAUAUAUACCCAACAGGAUGCUUAUGACAGCAUAUUUUAUGUUAUUGAUCAGUACAGACAAUUAAAGAACAUAUCCCUGGGGACACUUGGCUACGAACAUGAUGGAUCGGGCUUAAAAAUUUGUAAACAGCAGUACAGGAAAGGUGGGAUGCUUCCUUCCAAUGACAAGCCAAACAUAGAUGUUUCUACAGAAACAGACUGUAUUAUCUUAAAGCCCCAGGAGCUAGCCAGUAAGAACACUGAAGUGAAAUUGAACUCUUCAUUCUUCAACCUUGAAUUUUACAGGCUUAUACAGGUUAAAAUCUCCUUCAAGCUGAAAGGUGUUGCCCUACAAACAAUCCAUGCCCGUGAAUUGCCUGACUGCUAUGCAUUUCAAAAUACUAUUACUUUCAACAAUAGAGCUCACAGUGGAAAAAUCAAAAUCUAUUUUAAUAGUGAUACUGAUAUUCAAGAAUGCAAAGACUGGCACAUACUCGGUUCUGUUCUCCAGAAAAACAGUUUAUAUAUUCUAGUUUUUGAUGGAUUUGUCAUCUUAAAUUGCUUAGCAUCUCUCAUCCUGUGCUCACGAUCUGUUGUUCUUGCCUUGAGGCUACGACAAAGAUUUGUGAACUUCUUCUUGGAGAAAUACAACCGUUGUGUCAGUUACACUGAUCGCAUGGAGUUCAUAAAUGGCUGGUAUGUCCUGGUAAUUAUCAGUGAUGUGAUGACAAUCACUGGGUCAAUCCUAAAAAUGGAGAUAAAAGCCAAGAAUCUCAGAAGUUAUGAUGUCUGCAGCAUUUUACUUGGAACAUCAACUUUAUUUGUCUGGGUUGGAGUCAUCAGAUACCUGGGAUAUUUUCAAACUUACAAUGUGCUCAUUUUAACUAUGCAAGCAUCAUUACCCAAAGUGCUAAGGUUUUGUUGUUGUGCUGGGAUGAUUUAUCUUGGCUAUACUUUCUGUGGUUGGAUUGUAUUGGGACCAUAUCAUGAGAAGUUUGAAGACCUGAACACAGUAGCUGAGUGUUUGUUUUCUCUGGUCAAUGGUGAUGAUAUGUUUGCAACGUUUGCACAAAUCCAGCAGAAAAGCAUGUUGGUGUGGACGUUCAGUCGGUUAUAUCUGUAUUCCUUCAUUAUUCUGUUUAUAUACAUGAUCCUCAGCCUUUUUAUUGCUCUGAUCACCGACGCCUAUGACACCAUAAAGAAAUACCAACAAAGUGGGUUUCCAGCAACAGAUCUACAUGAAUUUCUAAAAGACUGUGGCAAUGUUUCUUACAGAAAAGAACAAACUUCCAUGCCUUUUAUCUGCUGCUGUAGAAGACGAGAAAGCGAUGACAACUUAAUACUUAUCAAUUGAUGAUUAUGCAUUGAAAUUCACCACUAAUAUGUGCAAAGAAAGCAUAGCUAUAUGGAGAAAUAUAAUUCUCCAAAUUGCAAUGGAACCCAUUAUCUGGACCUGCCUCACUGUGAACAGACUGAUCUUAACUAAUUGAGGUGUUGGGGGAAGAAAAGCCAGUAAUAUAACAUCAGCUGACUGACCAGGAUGAGAGCCCAGAAGCUUUAUUUGGAGGAGAGCUGUCAAGAACUGCAUUCGUGCCCCGAGUUCUGUUGCAUUAAAGAAGACCAAUCCUUGGGAGAUGUCUGUGGGAGCUCUGUUUGCUAAACACUUCUAAGAGAAAAGACAGUGGUGCAGAACCAGUAGUUCUUCAUGAGAAAUAUAUGAAUGACAUUUAAAUGUAAUUCCAUAUAGUAAAAACCAAGCAAACCAAACAAAAAACCUCUCAUGUAAAAAGGGGACUAUCGGCAACUACAACUAUUGGCAAGAAAGGAUUCCCUUCUCUUUAAACGAUGCAUUCAACAUUGAGACCGUAAUUAGCACAAUUCAUUACCUUGAAAUAAACUUAUGUAAAACUAUAGAGCUGCACAGAAGUGCAAAGUGAUUGCUGUUUUGCUGUUCUUCCUUUUGUAAAUGUUUUAAUAUGUCACUUACAGAUCACAAACUUAACAGUUUUUACUGAAAAGAAAUUUGUUGGUUUUGUAUUGUUGUUGUGAGGCUUCUUUAUUGUGCUAUUUUGCCUGCAGUAUUUGAUGUACAGAGUCUAAAUUAAACUUACUGCUUUGAUUAUAGGUAA